GGUGGAUUGACUGCGGCAUCUUUCGCGCUCAGAACACUCUUUCUUGCCAUUGCCAUUCACAGACUGACAGCAUCGGCGCGCAGUGUUGAGUGUAAGGUACCUAGUCGCCAUGUGUACGCGACGCCUCACAGCACCGAGUCACAUGCGGAUGAUAGCCAGUGCACCUUUGCAAGCUGGUACCGCAAGCUUGAAUCAUCAUAGGCACCGCUCGACCGCAUCGCCAGAUUCUGCAACCGCGGAGCUCAGUCCCCGAUGGCUGUCAGAUGUCAAGAAGAGAUUGGGACACUGCCUCAUGUGGGGACUCAAUUCAGAACAGACAAAAGAGGCCGGGGCCAUACUCAAGCAGAUCUCACGCGAUUGGCGCGAGCUGCUAGCGGGCAGCGAAGGCUUCCUCACCAGUAAGCAGAGGCGCAGCACAUUUCGGCAGCAAGUCGUCUGGGGUGAGCAAGAUUCGAUGGGCCACGUGAACAACGUGGUAUACAAUCGAUACGCUGAGACAGGGCGCGUGGACUGGUUCGCAAAGCUGGCCACGUAUACUGAUCCGUCGCAUGCCAAAGAGUGGAGGAGCAUAUUCACGCCACAGGGCGAUGGUCUCUUACUUCGAAAGAUUACCACCGAGUUCAAAUUUCCUAUGAAAUAUCCGGACCAUGUCUCAAUAUAUCAUAAACUCGGCACGGAGCCGAUUGAAGGAACUGACACGUUCAUCAUGGAUGUCAUGAUUGUAUCGGAGGUGCACCAGCGGCCAGCUGCAAGAUGCAUCGAAGAUUGUGUGCUGUAUGACUACAAAGCGGCCAAGAAAGUGACAUUGCGACCUUUCAUGCUUGACGUACUACAGCAUACGUGGAAGCUGCAGGAGGAGACGAAACGAAUCAACAUUCAGCGGGUAUCUGGACUACUUGCCAGGGUGCAGAAACUCGAGAAGAGCUCGUGGGACAGAGAAGGAGCAGUUGAGAACAUGGGCGUCGUUGGCAGCUGAAGCGUUUCUGUAUCAUUCGACACUUCGAGUGCGUACAUUAUGUUUACAGGCUUGUGCUAAGUCGUAAGUCGCAAAUAAUACAUGUAGACUGAUGUAGUUGCGGCUUUCCGACGACGAGAUGCAGCGGCUACCAGCGCAGUGCAGGGCACCGAAAUAUGACAGGCCGCAGGGCAUAGCCGUCGCACCCUGGACAUCCGCGAGCCGAUUGAGAGGGCGAGCACAAGCGCAAAUUCUUGGCGAGGCGAAGCAUCACGCAGUGUGACGCGGUCUGCAAUUCGUAGUUCGUACUGUUCGAUCAGGCUGCACAAAAGUUGACCGCCCUGCUAUAGCCAGCAUAGAAAUG